AUGUUGGCCGGAAUUGCCAAGGUCAAAUUGGAGACAUUGGAUCGUGAGCUUGGUGAAGGAGCUGUUCCUUGGGGUCAGGAUGACUUCCGUCGUUUCAUGGCAUAUGGGAAGGAUUCACUCAAGUUACGAACAAAACAAAAAGGCUGGAAGGCUUUGGACAGAGGUUUAUACUCGUCAACAAAGGAACGUCUUCAAUUCCAAGUUUUUUUUGCCUUAGCGGGCAUUCCCAAUACCCAGGAGGCUGAUGAAAAGGAGCCUCCUGCCGAAGGAUCGGCUCCGAAGGUUCCAUCAUUGACUCCGGAAGAAGAAGCUCAAUAUCGCCCCCUCUAUGACAAACUGGUUGCACACGAAAAAGUCAUUGAACAACAAGGCCGCCCAACUUCUGAUAAGGAUAUCAACAAACGCUCCUUGAAGCGUGUUCGCCAGUUGGGUAAAAUUCUUGCUCGCGAUGGUGAUCGAUUGAAUUUCAAAUACGUUUUUCUGGCAUCAAGUGCCCAUCCUCCAUCUGCCAACAGCGGGGCUGGGUGGUCUAGACAAUUCACAUCUGUGCCAGCCAUCACGAAGUGGGCCGAUCGCGAAAUUGGACUGUUGCCUGUCUUUGCAACGGUGGCCCAAGGAGAGUCUAUGAUAAACACUAUAACUCGUAAUCACAAUCAAAAUGACAAGAAGUCAAAGGGUCCUUCAACUCAUGCGCCACAACCUAGUGAUGUCUUGAAAACUACACUUGCAAAUACUUUGAAGGAAAGAAUGAUUGCAACCCUUGGCUAUUGCCCAACUAGGGGCAAAGGGUUUCCUCUAACUGCUGACCCUGUAGCCGGACUUGUCAAACGCAAAGUGCCGGUCCGAAUCGUACAAGAACCAGGAUCAAAACUUAGUGCUGAGGACUUGAAGUUUGGUCAUAAGGCAAUGCCAAAGGUCAACCGACAGGAAUGGUUGGAUGAUUUAAUUAGUAAUCAUUUCCGGUUGGAGCUGGUGGAGGGUGUGGAAAAAUCAGCUUCGAAAUCAGGAGAAAAUCAGCAAGUUGUGUGGUCCAAAGGGAAAGGAAAGCGCACCAGUAAAAUCAAGUCAAAAGAUAUAGUUAGUGACAAUGAGGAAGAAGAGGAGGUUGAUGAAGACGAGGAAGAAGAAGGAGAGGAGGAUGAUUGUAUCGAUGAUGAUGAUGAUGAUGACAACGAUGAUGAUGAUGAUGAUGGUAAUGGGGACGAACUCGAUGAUGAUGAUGAUAAUUAG